AUCCAAUUGUAAUUAUGGAGGUAACACUCCGAGCUGCCUGCGAUCUGAACCAUUGGUGCAGGCAGCUGGUCCUAAACCAGCGUGCUCAGCGAGAUGGGCUGCCGCCGUUUGUUUAUAUGGCAGCAGUGCCUGUCUGUCUACACGGAAGAUGUUCUCAGCAGGCCACACGUCACGACGUGCGUGUGGCCUACUUCGAAGGGCUUUAGACUGGCAGACGAGUUGUGUAUGGUGGCAAGGGACGCUCACACUUGUCCAGAUAGAGUCCUGACUCAUCAGCUUCUCGGAGCAUACAGAUAGUGCGGAAGUCUGGGCCAGAAAUUCUCUAGUCGUCUGAACGAGGUUCGAGAGUCUCUGACGAAUCCAUGACCACGAUCAUUUCUGCCUCGGCGCAUUUGGCGAACUGCAGACAACUGCUCGCCUUGCAAUUACCAAACGAUGGUCAAUUUCUACCCUCAGGUGUUGUGCCGAAGUCAAAGUUUUCUGUAACACUUUCACAGGAACAUUUGAGCUCUCGUUUCAGGAACGGCGGUAGAAAAUGUGCAUAUGCUGGUAGAGAACUGGCUGUUCCGUUGUCUAGCAGUAAAGAGACAGGCCCCCUCAGCCCGGACGAUGAGAGUGCUUCACCUUCCACCUCUACAGUUGACGUGAAGGCAGUGGAAGAUAUCCGUGGUGGGCUGGAUGUGGGUGCGGAAGCGUUUUCUCUACUUCAGACCAGAAGAUUCUGGCUCGGCACAUCGGUGGCAACUUUGGUUGCUCUCGGAGGAAACUUAGGAGGCCUGACGAGUGCUAUUUUCAACACGAAUCCUGACUUCUCUCGAAGUGUUCGAGCUGAUCUGCUCUUCCCCGUGAAAGGAUUCAAAAGAUGCUUAGAAACAAGUCAAGGUUUUGAAUUUGUGUAUCCGUCAAACUGGGUUGGAGACCAGAGACUGGUUUAUCGUGCCGUAGAACGCGCAGAGAGAGAAAGAUCGCUUGAUUUACCUCCAAUUCAAGGAGAACGACAACGUAACCAGAGAAGAUCAUCAGAUCCAAUUGUGGCAUUUGGUCCACCUGGGACUGAAGGGGAACUGAACGUCAGCGUUGUUGUUGCACCUGUUUUUCCUGGUUUCAGCCUGCAGAAAAUCGGAGGACCACAGGAGGCAGGCGAGCGCAUCCUGAACAAGUUUAUCGCACCAGAAGGAUCGAACAAAGUGGCAACUCUUUUGACCGCUCAGCAGAGAUCUGACGGAUCGAACCUGUACUACACUCUAGAGUUCACCGUCAAGGGCCCCACAUUCUUCAGGCACAACUUGUCUGUCUACAGCACUAGUAACAACCUUUUGUUCUCCCUCAAUGCCCAAUCUCCAGAGAAAGAGUGGUCUCGUGUCCAAAACGACUUCAUCGAGAUUGCAAACUCCUUCAAACUACUCUCCACUUAAAUCAAUAAAUUUGUAGAAGAUUGUGUCUACUGCACUUUUGAUAUAGUAUGCAUACGAUCGCAAAUGAAGAUAAGAAUAUGUGAGAGGAUUAGCAAAAUUGGUAAUCUAU